AUGACUUAUCAACCACCACCAGUAAUGUAUCAAAAUUUUUCACAACCACCAAACCAGUCACAAUUCGGCGGUGGACCACAAACACCUCCAAUGAAUUACCAACAAACACCUCAAAUGCAACAACCUACAGGAGCACCACCGGUAAAAGAAGUAUAUGAUAAUAAUAAUGGACCAAGAGAAUGGAGAUUUGGGUUAUUUGAUUGUUUUGCUGACUCGAAUUUAUCUAGAAUGCUUAAUGAUGAAAGUGCAUGUCUCGUUAAUGGAUUGCUUUACGCUUUUGUGGGAUGUGUUGUUGGACCUUUGAAUCGUAAUGAAAUGCGUACCCAAUUAAACAUUGAGGGAUCUGGAGCUGGUGAUUUGUGUACACAUUAUUGUUUUAGUUACUGUGCAUUAAUACAAGAAAAUCGAGAAGCAAAUGCUAUGUGA